AUGGGCUGCGGGCCUUCUCAACCAGUAGAACAAAGACAUGUCCCCGCCCCCAGGAAAGGCUGGGAAGAGGGGGUCAAGGAUGCGGUUGCUGAGACUCAUCCCAAGGACAGCUGCACAGACCAAACUGAAGCUGCACUGCCCAGGGACACUGUGGACAGUGGGGGAGACCUAGAGAAACAGACCCAGGUGGGAAGUUUACCUGGAACCAUUCCAGAAAGUCCCCCCUCUCCUAGUGAAAGAAACGGAAGAGUACAUUCAGACUUAGUGUCCAGUGGAUUAAUCACUCAACCCCCACACCUGGAGAACCGAGCACGGCAAAAGUCAUCAGACAUCCUGGAGGAACUAAUUGUUCAAGGAAUAAUACAAAGCCAUAGUCAAGUAUUUAGAAGUGGAGAAUCAUAUGAUGUCAUGGUGAACGUGACUGAGAAGCCACUAAGAAAGCCACCUGCCAGACUGAAAAAACUUAAGAUCAAAAGGGAAAUGAAGGAUUUAACCAGGAAGGACAUAGAAGAGAAGCUGCAGGCAGCAGAGGAGCGCCGGAAGACUAAAGAAGAAGAAAUACGGAAAAGACUACAAAGUGAUCGACUUUUUCCUGCCAACCAUCGUUUGGACUUAGCAAGAUUGGCUGAGGCUGAGCUUCCAUUUGCCAAAGGACUUGAAACUGUGAGCUCGGCUGUGAUUGAACCAUCGGACCUGCAAGAAGGGGAGCAGCUAAAAAGGAAGAAGAGCAAAAGUGAAACCACGUCAAGAGAUUUAAACUACAGUUAUGAAGGUAUUGGGUUCAUAGAAUCAGACAUGUCCUACAAUCAAAAAGAUGACAUAUUCGAAUAA